AUGUACGAUGUAUGUCGCAUAGAAGCUGUGCUCAUUUUACAGACACAGUCUUUUCAGAUUAUCAUUUUCCAGAGCUCGCUGUACAUCCUGGACGGUUGCCAAGAUUUAACUUCUCAUCACAUCGGACGCAUGGUGGAUAUCUCUGAAAACGGCGACAAGCUCCGUUCAUUACGAAUCGGGCAGCUCAGUCCUGCUUCGAGCAUGGUUCAUCCUGGUCAAACGCUUUAG